CUCAUCUCAGGCUGUUUGUCAUCUAAGGGGGAAGACAGGCUGUUCAGGAAUUUAUUCAGGCGAUACAACCAGUUCAUCAGACCAGUGGAGAAUGUCUCUGACCCUGUCACCGUGGAGUUUGAGGUCUCCAUAUCCCAACUGGUCAAAGUGGAUGAAGUCAAUCAGAUUAUGGAGACCAAUUUAUGGCUGAGACAUGUCUGGAAUGACUACAAACUGAAAUGGGUUCCCAUCGAGUAUGACGGACUUGAGUUCAUUCGUGUGCCCUCCAAUAAGAUCUGGAGGCCGGACAUCGUCCUCUACAACAAUGCUGUGGGAGAUUUCCUGGUUGAGGACAAGACCAAAGCUCUGCUGAAGUUUGACGGCACCAUCACCUGGAUCCCCCCCGCCAUCUUUAAAUCCUCCUGCCCCAUGGACAUCACCUACUUCCCCUUCGACUACCAGAACUGCUCCAUGAAGUUUGGCUCCUGGACCUACGACAAGGCCAAGAUUGACCUAGUGCUCAUAGGGUCAAAGGUGAACCUCAAGGACUUCUGGGAGAGUGGCGAGUGGGAGAUUAUCGACGCGCCGGGCUACAAACACGACAUCAAGUACAACUGCUGUGAGGAGAUCUACCCAGACAUCACCUACUCUUUCUAUAUCAGACGCCUGCCUCUCUUCUACACCAUCAACCUCAUCAUCCCCUGUCUCCUCAUCUCCUUCCUCACCGUCCUCGUCUUCUACCUCCCCUCUGACUGUGGAGAGAAGGUGACCCUCUGUAUCUCUGUCCUCCUGUCCCUCACUGUGUUCCUCCUGGUCAUCACCGAGACCAUCCCGUCUACGUCUCUGGUCAUCCCCCUCAUCGGGGAGUACCUCCUCUUCACCAUGAUCUUCGUCACUCUCUCCAUCGUCAUCACCGUGUUUGUGCUGAACGUCCACUACCGUACGCCUAUGACCCACACCAUGCCGGCCUGGGUCCGGUCUGUGUUCCUGGGGUUGCUGCCCAAGGUGCUGCUCAUGAGGAGGCCUGUAGACGAGGGCUGCCCCUCCUCCUUGGGGAGUGGGAGAGGAGAUGGAACAGGAGGUGGGAGUAUUGGAGAUGGGGGUGUAGGAGGAGGAGCGAGUGGAACGGGGAAGAAGAGGAAGAACAGUAUUGGGGGAGGAAUAGGGGGCGGGUGUGUGCAGGUGGACGGGGGUGCGGUCAGCGCCGAAACAGGGCAGGCGGGGGCGAUGAACUGUGUGGAGUACGGCGAAGUGCAGAACAAGCCGAAUUUCCCCUGUAAGGGGAAAGAGGUGCCCAUCCCCACCAUACCCCCGGUGGUGCCCCCUCUUGCCCCCUCUGAUCCGGACCUAUCCAAACUGCCCCGAGCGCUCAGCAGCCCGCCCAACGUCAACGCAGUGGUGGCCUUCUCCGUGGUGUCACCAGAGAUCAAACAGGCCAUCGAGAGUGUCAAGUACAUCGCUGAGAACAUGAGAACACGCAACAAGGCCAAAGAGGUGGAAGAUGACUGGAAGUACGUAGCCAUGGUGAUUGACAGGAUCUUCCUGUGGGUGUUUGUGACUGUGUGUAUCACUGGAACUCUGGGACUGUUUCUUCAGCCUCUCAUCAGCUUCUUCACAUGA